AAUGAUUAACAACAAACAAAAAGAUAGAUACUCAAAUACCACAUCCUCUAUGUAAAAUUGUUAUAUUUACAAUUAGGUAUAUUAAAUCAACCAUAUCCAAUCCUAAUGUAAAAUCAAUCAUUCAGGCUGUUUCUACAAUCCUUCAUUCUUAAAUGUAAGAGGACUAAGAAUAAGGAAAACAGAUUCCUAAGACUUCUGAAUUGUAUUUCUUUAGUGAAGAAAAGUAUAUUGAAGAAAAACCUGAAGAAUUUGAUGAACAAAGAAAGGUUGUCUAUAUAUUUAAACAGUAUAGUUAUUAUUAAGAGAACCUCCAAGUGUUGACAAUAUCUAUGAAUUCAUGAAAGCACUCUAUGAUUGUGCAUAGUAAUCAUUUUUAAAUAUUUCUUUAGAUUCAGUCCAGAAUGUUGUAUCAUUUGUUUAGUUUAUAUUAAUCGACUCAUCGCAUUUACAGGAUUAACAUUAAAUCCAACAAAUUGGAGACCUUUACUUUUAAGUUCAUUAUUAGUAGCAUAAAAAGUAUGGGAUGAUAAAUAUUUAUCAAAUGCUGAUUUUGCAUUCAUUUAUCCCUUUUUCACAACAUAAGUAAAUUUCUGCAAUAUAAAUAAUAGGAAAUCAAUAAAUUAGAAGCUAAAUUCUUAGAAUUACUUUAAUAUAAUGUCACAGUCAAAGGUGAUUUAUAUGCAAAAUAUUAUUUUGAAUUAAGAGCUCUAUUUAAAGGGGAUCAAGAAUUCCCACUAUAUCCAUUAGAUGUGACUUAAGUAACAUCACUCUUAUAAAUUAAUAGUCAGCAAGUUUAGAAGCUAGAUCAGCAGAUGUCUAAAAAUAAGAAAAAGAAAAAGCAGAGAAACUAUCCUUAACAUAUAAUGAUAGACAAACAAGAAAACCAGCUGCCAUCAUCAAUUGAU